AUGGCCGACAGAGCAGAAGAGUGGAAGACUAAGUUGAUCGGCAAGAAGCUUGGCGACAAUCAUGACGACUCGACGUUCAGCAAGACAGACCUGCCUGAAGGCCACAGGGUGUUGGAGGAGAACGAACCCACGACAAAGGAGUUUUUUGUCGACAGAUUGAACGUGGUGAAGGACAAGGAGGGUGUGGUUUCGAGGUCUCCAACGUCAGCUAAACUUGGCCCUGCAGGUUCGCCAAUCAAAGAUCUGAUCCCAUAUAUGCCAACAGAAGAAUACUUCCAGGAGCUCUUCGACGGCGCGCGAUGGAUGCGAAAUAGCAACGAGAGGACCGAACAUAAUGAUAAUUGCCCGACCGACAAGGUUGAUGACAGCUCUUGGCUCUUGAAGAGCUUCGACAAGAACGAGACUCCGCCAACGGGAGCGGACAAUUCAGAUCAUCCAGUGUCAUCCGAAUCGCAAAACAACGUCCGCGACGGACGAAGAGCUUUGGUGGGUAUGAUGGACGAGGCUCAAGUGCUCUUACGACAAUUCUAUAACUCAGAAACACGUGUGCCCGAGAAAAAGGAACUUCCCACCUUGAAAGACGACACUUCAACCGAGGACGGUAUGAAGGCUUGGGUGAAGCUGCUCGAAGAUCAACAGGCGGAGUUGGAAGAGAAUUUGAUGAGUCUUGAGGGGCAUAAGAGAGUUGACGGAUUCAUCGAGCAGCGUGCCAAGUCCAGCAGCUUCACAGGACUUCCACCCCAUCCGCAGCAAGAUCCAAGGGAGCGUUCUCGACAGCUCGCACGCAGAAUGCGAUGCUUCAUUGACCGGACGCGAGGGGCACUUAAAGUGCUCCGAUCCAGAAUCCGAUCGAUGCGGAAGGUUCGCAAGGAACCUCCAACGGGACCCCGGAGCUGGGAUGACCCUCGAGACCACGAGGAAGAAUGUCUCGACGACAAAAUGGACCGGAUGAACGACUGGUCCUCCAGGUUUGAACACGGUCGCCUUGUUCGCGGCCGAGGACCGCCCUACGGCAAGCGUGGGUACGGACGCUUGUGA